AUGGCAUUCACCAAAGCAGUGGCUUACUCUGUUCUUUUAGCCUCUCCUGCAGUUACAACUCCGUUGUCAGAUUCAUCUUUAUCUGCGGACACUUUACUGAGCAAGGGUAUUGAUGCUCUUGGCGGCGCAAACGCUAUCAAUAGCCUCCAUGGAGUUACCUACCAUGUCUCCAACAUUUUCCGCUCGAGGAGUCUCAUGCAAAGCUAUGAGCUCAAUCAAGCCGAUACUGCAGUAGCAAUCAGUGGCCAACAGAACGUUUCCUUCUCUUUUACUUCCGACGAACUAAUUCAGCGCAUCGAUAGGCGCUGGACUCCCUCGGAUUAUUGGUCCUGGGGACGGCCUGCCCUCGAGCCUCUUGACUUCUCGCUUGUCGUUCGUGGAGGUCAUGAUGGCUUCGCAUGCUUUGUGCGCGGAAACAACCAGAUCUGGCUGCCCGGCAAUGAAACAUCUGGCUAUACUGAUUUUCAAAUUAAUGGUAUUGAGUAUCCUGCUGUGCAACAUGUUUCCCGCGACAUGACUGUCAUCUUUGACCCUGUCAGUCACCUUCCAUACAUUGUUCGUACAAUCGAGAACCACGCCAUUUACGGCAAAUCCACCAACGACUUAUACCUCACCGAUUAUAAACCUGUCAACAGCGUAUACUUCCCACACAGGGUACAGACUGUGUAUAACUCGACGUCUCAGGCUCUGAAUUCCCCACUCGAGGACUUUCAGAUUGAUGAAAUUACCGUCAACCCCAAGUUCCCAGCCAACUAUUUCCAGGGCCUUCCCGAGAGCCAGAGCUGGUCUCCUAAAGCCGCACCCAAGAAGGUUGACGGGAUUGAUCACUGGUGGCUAACGGAGUUUUCUGGCAAUGGUAUUUGGACUGGCCUUAAGAAUUCGACAGUAGAGGGAAUCAAGGCUGAGCAGCCUGUAAAGGGAUUGCCCAAGUUACACUGGGUUAUUCUGGACGACAAUGUUCUUGGUGUCAAGCAGAUGAUUCUGGAAUUCGAGGAGAGUGUCAUUGUCUGCGAUGCACCUCCUCAGUGGACACUCAGCGUCAUUCAGUGGAUUAAGGAAAAUUUAAAUAAGCCCAUCUCCCACCUUUGGCCCACUCAUCACCAUCGUGACCAUAGUGGAGGCGCCAAUGAGUAUGUAGCUAUUGGGGCAAAGCUCAUCGUCCCAGAAAUGGCUGUCCAGUACUGGUCCAGCAUUCCCAACGCCACUUUCGUGACCUUUAACGAUACGCAUCCCUAUGUCCAUAAAGACAACAGCAUGCAGGCCUGGUUCACAUGGCAAAAACAUGCCACGCAUGCAUCUGACUGGUCUUAUGCGCUCGUUACGGAGAAAUGCACCAGUGAUAAUUCUGCAGUUGCUGUGCUCGAAGCGGAUGCAUGGCAGGCUGGACUUCCUGCUGAGGAGUCUGACCAGGCUCUAAUGCGGCAGUGGCUCGACCAGCUACUCAAAGAUGGCUUAACUGAUAAAGCAAUUGUCUUUCCUACUCAUGGACAAGUAACACCUAUAUUGGAGCUUAUUAACAUCACCGGUUAUCCUUAUCCUCAAUCUUUUUCUGCCACUAGUUGGAAAGAUGGCAUUACUGUGUGCUAG